AGUCCAUGUCUUCACAACGACGAGACUAAUACGAAAUGUUGAAAUUAAAAACCUGUUGGUAUAUUUCUGUUAAAAUAUUUAUAUUUAUUUCAAUUGUUAAAUCUGAUACCGGCGAGUUGAGAAACAUCACAACUGAAGAUAGUGAUCAAGCUCUCAAGGCAUUAUACAAGGAUUUAAAGGAAUUGAAAAGUUUAGUGCAGGGAUUGAAAUCCAGUAAUGAAGUGCAACCAGAGAACGAUAAUAUAACAAAGAAAGACCUGCCACUAUUUGAUGAACGUUUUGAUAAAAUGGAUGAAAUAUGCAAUACCACAGAUCUACCAAAAGAUUGCGCCACCGCAACCGCCUGCACUAGACGAAGUGGCAUUUAUAAAAUUAAAAUCGAACAAUUCAAUAGUGAACCAUUUUAUGUAGCAUGUGAUAGUGAGACCGAAACUGGAGAUUGGUUGGUAAUACAAAAACGACAAGAUGGUUCCGAGGAGUUCUCUAGAGAUUGGCGAGAAUAUGAAAAAGGUUUCGGUGGCAUUGAUGGAGAGUUUUUCAUUGGCCUCAAAAAAUUACACGCUUUAACAACUUACAAUGGACCGCAAGAGUUAUUGAUAGUAAUGGAAGAUGGUAAUGGCACUAGAACAUUUGCCAAAUAUGAUGCAUUUGCUAUAGGUAAUAAAACGGAAUCGUAUAAAUUGAAAAGAUUAGGAAGAUAUUCGGGAACAGCGGGAAAUUCUUUACAUUAUCAUAUAGGCAUGAAAUUCUCAACUAAAGAUCGUGACAAUGAUGAAUAUGUUCGCAGUUGUGCUGUUGAAUUUAAGGGGGCUUGGUGGUAUAAAAAUUGUCAUCAUAGUAAUCUUAAUGGAAAAUAUGGUGACAAUACUAUUGGCAGCGGUAUUAACUGGAAAGCAUUUCGUGGUAUUCAUGAGUCUCUUCCAUAUGUUAAAAUGAUGAUACGACGCAGUAGAACUAUAUAGUUCUAAAUUUUAAUGUACUUGUCUGUCCUUAGUAACUAUAAUUUUAAGUUUUUAAUUUAAUAAAAUUUGUACAAUGUUUAGAUCAUCGAUUCAUCGA